AAGCUACAACUUCAUACUUGAAACUGUGCACACUCCAAACUUUACUCCUUCCACUCAAUUGCCUUAUUUUCUCUCCGACCUCUGAAACCCAUGGCCACCGCUAUCUCCACCGCCGGAGCCGUCAACAGGAUUCCGGUGAGUUUAAAUGGCGCCAUGUCUGGAGCUUCAGUUCAGAGCUCUGCAUUCUUCGGCAGCAGCUUGAAGAAAGUGAACUCAAAAUCAUACCCCAAUUCAAAGAUCUCCUCAGGAAGCAGCUUUAAGGUAGUUGCUGUGGCAGAGGAAAUUGAUGAAAAGAAGCAAACUGAAAAGGAUAGAUGGAAGGGUCUUGCUUUUGAUGUCUCUGAUGAUCAGCAAGACAUCACCAGAGGAAAGGGAAUGGUGGAUUCACUCUUCCAAGCCCCCACAGGAGCAGGAACUCAUGACCCUGUUCUGAGUUCUUAUGAAUAUUUAAGCGCAGGACUUCGUCAGUACAAUUUAGACAACAGCGUGGAUGGCUUUUACAUUGCUCCUGCCUUCAUGGACAAACUAGUUGUUCACAUCACUAAGAACUUCAUGAAACUUCCCAACAUCAAGGUUCCUCUUAUUUUGGGUGUUUGGGGAGGCAAAGGUCAAGGAAAAUCUUUCCAAUGUGAACUUGUCUUUGCCAAGAUGGGAAUCAACCCCAUUAUGAUGAGUGCCGGAGAAUUGGAGAGUGGAAAUGCUGGAGAACCUGCAAAAUUGAUUCGACAGAGGUACCGUGAAGCGGCAGACAUUAUCAAGAAGGGAAAGAUGUGCGUUCUCUUCAUCAACGAUCUUGAUGCCGGAGCUGGUCGUCUCGGUGGAACCACCCAAUACACUGUGAACAACCAGAUGGUUAACGCUACCCUCAUGAACAUAGCUGAUAACCCUACUAAUGUCCAGCUCCCUGGUAUGUACAACAAAGAGGACAAUCCUCGUGUUCCCAUUGUUGUCACGGGUAACGACUUCUCGACAUUGUAUGCUCCUCUCAUCCGUGAUGGUCGUAUGGAAAAAUUCUACUGGGCACCCACACGAGAUGAUCGAAUUGGUGUCUGCUCAGGAAUCUUUAGCACUGACAAUGUAUCAAAAGAAGACAUAAUCAAAAUUGUUGAUACAUUCCCUGGCCAAUCCAUUGAUUUCUUUGGUGCCCUGAGGGCAAGAAUAUACGAUGAUGAAGUGAGGAAGUGGGUUGUUUCCGUUGGAGUUGAUAAUAUCGGGAAGAAGCUCGUCAACUCAAAGGAUCCACCGCCGAAAUUCGAGCAGCCAAAGAUAACAUUGAAGAAGCUCCUCGAGUAUGGAAACAUGCUUGUUGAGGAGCAAGAGAACGUGAAGAGAGUCCAGUUGGCUGACAAGUACUUGAGCGAUGCUGCUCUUGGUGAUGCCAAUGAAGAUGCUAUAAAAAGUGGAGCAUUCUACGGGAAAGCCGCCCAGCAGGUGCAUAUUCCUGUCCCUGAAGGUUGCACAGACCCAAAUGCAUCAAACUUUGACCCAACUGCUAGGAGUGAUGAUGGAAGCUGCAGUUAUCAGUUAUAAGCCUUCCGCCAAUAGCUGUUCGAGUGGAAAAAGAUCACCUUCUACUCAUGCUAUACAAGGAGAAUACUGUCACUGACUCACCUGUUUGAAUCAAAAUAGCCACUGGUUUGCUUUACUGUAUGCUUCAGAGUUUGUGGGGGGUUUCAGUUCUCAUUUCUUUUUCCCUUUUUUCCCUUGUGUUGCCACGACAUUGAGAUAUCUUUUGUGAGUGUCCAUAAAGGACGUAACCUGGCGUCUCAUAGAUUUUUGUGAUAUUGAGAUAUUUUCUUCAGUCUUGAUUAUACCAUACAUCCACAAAAUGAAUGCAGAAUCAUUAA